UCAAACAGAGCUGGAGAUGAACCAGGAGGAACUGGCUGACCCACUGUGGGGCGGGGAGCUUCGAAUGAUCCGUUCUGAAUUUAUGAAGAGAGUCUCAGACCCAGUUAUCAAAGGUCUUCUGGAUGACCUUUGGCAACAGAAGGUGUUUAGUACUGAGGAAAAGGACUCUGUGAUUGAGGGCCAGACGACCAGAACGGACCGAGCACGGUGUCUGAUCGACAUGGUGAUCGGUAAAGGGGAGAGAGCAAGUCACGUGAUGAUUGAUAGAAUGAAGAAGAGGGACAAACACUUAUGCUCCACCCUGGGUCUGAUCUCUUCUCUUGCUGGUGUGGGUCUCCAGUCUACUAUGGAUGAGGAGAGAGAGGAGGGGGGUCCUACCUCUAAGACC